AUGAACGCAUACCCAAGCUCGUCGUCUUCAAUUUCAAAAGAAGCACACGAAUGCCAAUCGCAUGAAGAAGAGGAAGACUUGCAAUUGACACCCACGGCAAAGCACGUCCAAAGUGGCUCAGAAGCAACUUGUCACGAAGACAAUGCCGAGAGCGGAGAAGCCCAGAAUGACGACGAAAUGAGAGAGAAGAAGGAUGAAAUAGACGGGGAGACUGACAAGCCCGCACAAGGAAACACAAACUCGUUGAAGAAAGCAGAGACAUCCGCACCGACGCUCGACACGGAUCGUAUGGCGCGUGAUUACAGUGAAGAACACGCAAGAGAUGUAGAAUAUGAGACUGCAAUCACAGACGCGUUUUACAAAUUGAUGGCAACUGGUUUGUCUUGGAGCAAAACGGGGACACAAGCAAUCUUGAACGCGCAACUCGACGAGCUUCACAAGUCUAUGAACAGAAUUCGCAGCAUCGAACUCGAACAAGAGGAAAGACGCGUCAAGCUCGAAAAGGCAUACGCAAGCUUCAAACAAGUCGUCGACUCGCUCUUGUAG